UGUCGCCACACCCACGUGUGAGUUUGCCGGGCCGCAUUAUCGAGAAAAAUGCCGAAAUUCAAAGCGGCCCGUGGGGCUGGUGCUCAGGAAAAACACGCGCCCCUGGCAGAGCAGAUCUUGGCUGGGAACGCGGUGCGGGCAAGUGCCCGGGAAAAGCGGCGGGGCCACGGAACCGGGGAAGAGGAGGAAGAGUAUGUGGGGCCCCGGCUGAGCCGGCGGAUUUUGCAGCAAGCACGGCAACAACAGGAGGAGCUGGAAACCGAGCACGGCUCUGGGGACGGGCCCGCCAAGCCUCGGGAGCGCGCCACGCGGCUGGGUCCUGGAGUGCCACAGGAUGGGUCAGACGAUGAGGAUGAGAAGUGGCCCACCCUGGAGAAGGCUGCCACGAUGAAGGGGGUAGACCACCAUGCAGAGGUGGUCGUGGACCCUGAGGAUGAGCGUGCCAUUGAGAUGUUCAUGAACAAGAACCCUCCUGCCAGGCGCACCCUGGCCGACAUCAUCAUGGAGAAGCUGACUGAGAAGCAGACGGAGGUCGAGACGGUCAUGUCAGAGGUGUCAGGCUUCCCUAUGCCCCAGCUGGACCCCCGGGUGCUGGAGGUCUACAGGGGGGUCCGGGAGGUGUUGUCUAAGUACCGCAGCGGGAAACUGCCCAAGGCCUUUAAGAUCAUCCCUGCACUCUCCAACUGGGAACAGAUCCUCUAUGUCACAGAGCCUGAGGCCUGGACUGCGGCCGCCAUGUACCAAGCCACCAGGAUUUUUGCUUCUAACCUGAAAGAACGCAUGGCCCAGCGCUUCUACAACCUCGUCCUGCUCCCCCGCAUACGAGAUGACAUCGCUGAAUACAAACGACUCAACUUCCAUUUGUACAUGGCGCUCAAGAAGGCCUUGUUCAAGCCUGGAGCCUGGUUCAAAGGGAUCCUGAUCCCCCUGUGCGAGUCAGCUUGUACUCUCCGGGAAGCCAUCAUCGUGGGCAGCAUCAUCACCAAGUGCUCUAUCCCUGUGCUGCACUCCAGCGCGGCCAGGCUGAAAAUCGCCGAGAUGGAAUACAGUGGUGCCAACAGCAUCUUCCUACGACUGCUGCUGGAUAAGAAGUACGCACUGCCCUACCGCGUGCUGGAUGCCCUGGUCUUCCACUUCCUGGCGUUCCGGACAGAGAAGCGGGAGCUGCCCGUGCUCCGGCACCAGUGCCUGCUGACAUUGGUCCAGCGCUACAAGGCAGAUUUGGCCACAGAACAGAAAGAAACCCUCAUGGAACUGCUCCGGCUGCAGCCCCACCCACAGCUGUCCCCCGAAAUCAGGCGGGAGCUUCAGAGCGCAGUCCCUCGUGACGUAGAAGAUGUCCCCAUCGCCAUGGAGUGAGGAAGACUGUCACCU